UUAAUUUGUCACUUUAUCUAAUUAUCAGUUGCUGAAAUUUGUGUAAAAUAGCAGAAGUUGCGUUGGUAAUUUUCCAAUAGAACGGCAUUCCAGAUAUUUGCGAUUGGCUGUUUUACUUGCUUGGUGCGGGAAUUACUUCCGGUCAUUUCCGUUGAAUGGCGACUACGAUGGAUUGUUCAUUUCGAAGUGUGUUGUCCUGACUCUCCCUCUGUAAUUGUAAAAUAUCUUUCAACUGUUCUCACCCGAAUAUCGUGAUUUUAUCGUUUUAUUCAGUGUAUGCAUGAGGAUUUUGUUCAUAAUUUCCUACACGUGCAGAACUGUAAACUUUGAAGUAUAAGCGUGUCUUGUGUGGGACACUUUUCGUACGAGAAUAAUGGCUGAUAUCGAAGGAAAAAAGCUUACCGAGCUACGAGUUAUAGACUUAAAAACAGAACUCGAGCGUCGCGGAUUGGACAAAACUGGGAAUAAAGCAGCGCUUCUCGAACGUCUCUCCAAAGCUAUAACCGACGAAGGUCAAGACCCUGAUGAAUAUUUGAUAGUACCAUGCGGUGGAGUGUGUAAAGUUAGCCCAAGAAAAAAUAGUGUAACAGGUACAACGAAUCAAGAUGAGUCUGCUGAAACACUAGAAAAUCUAAAGGAAGAACCAGUAGAAGUACCUGAUGCUAGUGAAGCAAAAGUUAAAACAGAAAUAAAAAUCAAAACAGAAACAAAGUCCAACACCGAAGAAGAUACAAUGGCAUUAAAGACAGAGGAACCUCAAAGCGAAGUUCAAAAUACCAGUAGUAAGGAAGUGGAGCACAAACCAGAUAUUAAGAAUCAUUUAAAUAAGCUUUCAACCGAGACUACACAGGUAGUUGAAAAGAAAGUAGAAUCAGAAGCAAGUACCGUGGCAAAUCAAACUUCGACUAAUUCAAUUUCGACGGUCGAAGCUAACGGCAUCGACAACGAGGAUUCCAUCAAUCUAACUAUCGGAGAAGAUGAAGAGAAUCUCCUCGCCGAGGAGACAGAAUCUCACGAUAGGCACAAGGAUGGAGGAGAGAAGAAGAAAGUGGAAGAAAACAAGAAGGGAGACACUAAAGGGAGCAGUAGAGCAGAAGCCGGUGCCAGCAACAAGGAAGGGUCGACAUCAGGUGCAAACGUCGGGACGAAGAACAAGCAGGACGGUGGUGGAGACGGAAGCAAGAGCGUGGAGUCCGGUAACAAGAGUCAGAAAAGGGAUGAUAAAGACAAAAAGACGUCACAGGUCAGUCCAGUUAACGCGAGCAGCAGAAACCUAUGGGUGUCCGGAUUGUCCUCGAGUACUCGUGCUACAGACUUGAAGCAGAUAUUCUCAAAGUACGGAAAAGUGAUCGGAGCUAAAGUAGUGACGAAUGCAAGAACACCCGGUGCAAGAUGCUACGGCUACGUUACCAUGUCAACGAGCGAGGAUGCUGCAAAGUGUAUACAACAUUUGCACCGAACUGAGCUUCACGGGCGCGUAAUAUCGGUAGAAAAGGCAAAGGGUGACACUCAGCAGAGUCACAUGCGUAAGCGAGAUACGACGAAUGGAAAGUCCGAGAAGAAAGAAGAGAAAGACAAGUCGAAGGAUAGUCAUGACAUUAAUGAUCGUAAGGAUAAAGAAACGAAGAAAGAAGCAGAAGAUAAAGGAUCGGAAGCAACGAAAAAGUCGGAGGAGAAAAGCAACGAAAUCGCCGAAAACAAGAAGUCAGAAGUACAGGAGAAGAAAGAAGACACCGUUUCGAAGGAUGCCGACUCUCGAUCGACCAAGUCAACGAGCAAGAAGCCAGAGAGCGAGAGAGGAAGACGCGACGAGAAGAGAAUUCGAUCCUGGGAUCAUCAUCGAUCGCAUACGCGGUCUCGUAGCCGUGAACGACGUAGACGCGACGAUGUACUGACAUUCGCGAAAAUUAGGGAGGAACGGGAAAGGCAAAGACUGCGAGAAAGGGAGCGAAUGCUUCGCGAAGAAGAGCGACGAAGAAGAGAGGAUAUGGAACGACAGAGGGAAGUUGAACGGAGACAAAGAGAAGAAGCUGCGCGAUUGGAAAGAGAACGAGAGAAAUUGCGAAGAGAACGGGAAAGAAUUGAGCAAGAGAAGGCUGAAUUGCUCCGAUUGGAGCGCGAGCGUCAGAAACUCGAACGAGAAAAAUUGGAACGAGAAAGAUUGGAAUUAAAAAGGCAGCAGAUGAGACUAGAAGAGAGUAGACGCGCUCCACCGCCACCGUCCAUAAAACGAUCUUCGAGCGACAGAAGGGAUCCGAGAGACAUGUACGUGGAACCUGACAGGAAGCGUAUAGCCACGGAGCAUAGUCGAAGACAUACUCCAGAACGUGUGAGCGACCGUCGUAGCGAAAUUUUGGAUCGUGUUUCGGAUAGACGCGCCUUAGAUGCGUCGCCACCUACUCGUUACGAAUCCAGUAGAUCUGCUCAGGAUCUGGGACUGAAGAAGGAGUUUAAACGUAGCAGCGAUUUUACUUCACGUAGUAGUCGUCCAGAAAGCUUUUCCGACGUAUCGCGUGGAAGAGAAGUGAUUGUUCGCCGAGAAACGCUCAGCACAUCAACGUCGUCUAUAGAUCCUCGACAAGUUAAAGGAAGACAGAAACAACCUUCACCGCAACGUUUUCGCAGGUACGAACGUCCAAGUACAACUACGUACACCCGUGAACGCGAUGUUCGACGUUCCGACACGGAAACUCAUAGAAGUUCAAGGGAUAGUCAUACGCGAUACAAUGAAAGCUUUAAGCCUGCGAGUUCCAGUACCCCACGUGAGAGUCGUUACGUAGAAAGUAACAGAACAACUAGCAGCUGGCAUUCCGGACCUCCGUCUACGAAAUCGUUUAAUUCGGUCACGAGUAGCGGAACCCGAGAUCCUCGUAACGAACCAUCCAGCUGGAGUUCUAGAUCUUCAGAAAACGUAAACAGAUGGAGUAACUCAAGUAGCAUGGGAAACACGCUACGACAUCCGGUACCACCGACGUACCAAAGCGGUCCUAUGCAGUCUAUGGGAUUAACAGCACCCGGCACAACGCCAUCUUACGAUCGUUUCGAUCCGUAUAAAUCGUCUAUGCAAAGCAUGAGAAAAUAUUGAUUUUAUCCAACUGAUUCGUGUUACUGCAACGAAUAAUUAUAAAUUUAAUAUCGACGCGUUUUCUAGGCACGCGCGCGUGUGUGCAUAACACAAUCACAAAACACGUGCGUAUCGAAUUAUUAUUAAAAUUGUCCUUAAAUCAAAUAUUUGCAUACACGAUUAGCGUCGGUUAUAAACAACUGUGCAUACACAAUUUAUGUACAUCGUAGACAUUUCUUUGCAACUUUGUAUUUAAGUUAAUCGUGGAUCGAGUUUUUGAUGAUCGCGCGAACAUCUCAUUCUCGACACUCGCAGCGAUUCCAAGAGCUCUAUUGGAAUAUGUGCGAAUUCAAUGUAUCUUUGAUUUUGGAUUUAUAUUAUGGCGACUCAAUAAUAGACAAAAGAAAUACUAACUGAAUGUAUAACAACGCCCACCGUGAAAUAUUACUUUUGCGUGUGUACGUAAGCGAAACGCAUACGAAUCUAUGGUAUUUACAACACCGAACUAAGAUUUUGAUGAAUUUUUGUACAUUUGUUAAUAGACAUGAUUUCGAUGCUUCGCAAGAUUUAGAAAGAACCGUUCGCAGAGAGACAAAGAUUUGAUUCGCUUCGUCACGUAACUAUAAUCGUACGACGCGUUCGAUGGCUCACUGCAAUUUAUUUGAAACGAUGAUAACUUGCGUUCGUUACAUCGUUGGACACGCAUUCUCGUAGGACCGAAGAUAUUACAUACAUAGAAUCACACACGCGCAGUUACACGAUAUAUCUUUAGCCGAUUCUUCGUAGAAACACGUACAUAUUCUGUAAGGAUAUGACUGAAUUUGUAUAUUGAAUUCCAUAAGAACUGUACAUCUAACGACGUUGAGAGUCAGCUUCGGUACGUUGAAUACACGUAUCACGACGUUUCUCAGUGUAGCAACCACUAUUACAGCAUAAAUAAAUUUAUGACAUAUUA